AUGCAAGAUGUAAGAAAAGCUGUUGCACAAAUAUUAAAAUCAUUUCAAGUUGAAAUCGAUAGUUUAGCAAAACGAAGUAAAGCAGCUGAAAAAGCAUUUUUAGAAAUUUAUCAACAUUUAAGUGAACUACCAGAUCGGAUUCCAGCGCUCGAUUACGCUCAAGAUUUACAACGUAAAGCCGAGAAAGUAUCUGAUUUAGGAAUUCAAAAUUCAAAAUUACGUGAAACAUUGGAUGAAUUUAAUCAAGAAAUAACAAUCAAACAAUUUCAAGGAAAAGAGAAAGAUUUAGAAAAAAAAACAGAAUCAAAUUUACAGCAACGAAUUAAAGAAAAAGAACUUCAAGAUAUCUAUAGUGAUAAAGAAAGUGAAUUAAAAAAUCAAGAAUUUCAUUUAGUUACAAAAUAUGACGAAAUGGAAAUGCGUAUAUCACAAUUGAAAACAACAUUGGAACAAACGCAUCAAGAAAUGUAUGAAUAUAAAUCAAAACAAGAAGAUUUAAGUAGUGCACGUUCAUCUGAAAUUGAAAUACUUAACCAAGGUUUAGAACAAGCAAACGAGCGUGCAUCAAAUGCAGAACGUCUUGUUGAAAAAUUGCGUAAACAAUUAGAACAAGUAAAUCAAACAAACGAACUAAAUAUUAAAAAUUCUACAAAUGACGAUGAAAAUGAUAUUGAAUAUGAGCGUUUAAAAACAGAUCGCAUUCAACAAUUCGAAUUGGCUUCAAAAGAACAUGAAAUAUCACAAUUAGUUAUUGAUACUCAAAAAUUACAAUCAACAUUACUAAAACUUAAAGAAACAUCGAACGCCCAAAUUUCCACACUUGAAUCAUUAAUCAGUAUGAAAGAGAAAAUGAUUGCACAAUUGGAAGAAAAACUACAAACACAAUCGGAUUAUGAUGAAAUUAAACGUGAAUUAAGCACAUUAAAAUCAAUUGAAUUUUCAUCCUCAUCCUAUCUUAAUAAUGAGCAAAAUAAUGAUCAAACAGGAACAAGAGAUAAUGAUGGUCAAGCAGUGAUAAUACAAAAAAAAUCAUUAGAAUUAUUACUAUCAAAGAAAAAUCGAACUACAUCAAGUGAAAAUACCCAAGUUAAAGUAGCUGAUCAAGAUCUACAAAUUCCUUCUGUACCUGUCUCUCAUUCUCAAUUGUAUCUAACAUCAUCAACAUCAUCGGAUAUUCGUCCUUCUUCUUUAACAACAACGACAGCAACACAUUCUACGUUUGAUUUAUCGUCUUUUAUACCAAAAACAAAAAUAAUAUCAGAGGAUUAUGAAAUUUCUCCUCCCGUACGUAAUUCUAAUAUUGAUUUUGCAAAUACGUAUUGUAAUAACAAGGACAAUAAAGUAGAUUCUGAUUUAUUAUUUAAAAAAGAGAAUGAACCCACAACGCAGCAUACUGAGACAUUAUUACCUCAAAAAAUUGUUCCUCUUUCUCAUUUUACUACUACUACCGACAAUAUAAUACCAACUAAUAUGUCACUAACCAUUCUUGAGCCUCAUAAUCUAAAUAAAUUACCACCGACAUCUUUCUGCCAAAAUCCAAAAUUAUUUGAUUCAAAAGAUUUUCUACAAUCCUAUAUUUCGUUAUCUUCAAAAUAUCCAUCAACGUGUUCAUGCUUAUCUACAACACCGACUGCCUCCCUUUUAUCUACAACAAAAAUAUCAACAAAUUCAACGUUACCAUUUGAUUAUACUUCAUUAGCAACAACCAUUUAUGGCCAACAACGAUCUCUGUUAGCUCACGACGUAUCAUCUCCAUCAGUAACUACUACGCCAUUUUCUUCUGUUUCCUUUUCAAAACUCCGUUGUCCAAGUCCAGUUUGUUCUUCACCAUCAUUAAGUGAACAACAAGCAAUUGAAGCAACAUUAUCGAAAAAGAUUAUUACUGAUAUUGAACAAAAUGAAACAGUAUCUCGAACAGUGAAUAAAUCUAAAUCCAUAUCAUCAUCAUCCGCCACGUCUGACACCACCACCACCACAAUAACAGUUGGCACAUCUAAACAGUCAAUUAUUCCUUUGCCACAGACAGUAAAUAAUAUCACUCCCAACACCAAUAACUUGGAACCAUUAGAUACAUCUUAUGUAGCCAGUGCUGUUCGAAAAUUAUUAGCACAACACAAUAUUGGACAACGAAUAUUUGCUCGAUAUAUAUUGAGUUUAUCGCAAGGAACAGUUAGUGAAUUAUUAUCAAAACCAAAGACAUGGCAAAAACUCACAGAAAAAGGAAAAGAAAGUUAUCGAAAAAUGUGGUGUUGGGCUAAUUCUGAAGAAAGUAUUCUAACAUUAAAAAGUAUUAGUCCAAGAAAAGGUAUGAUGAAUCGCUCAAAAGACAAUGUUUACCAUACUGCUAUGAAAGAAGAACGGGUGGUGACAGAGCAAAAAAUUGCUCAAAUAUUAACGGAUGCUCAAAAACAAAUGUCAAAGGAUCAUUCUCCAUCUCCACAGGAACGAAUUAUAACACCCAUUACAAGUGCCAAUGAAUUAUCACUAAAUGGUGAUCAUGGUAAAUGUCAUUCACCUUCGUCUACCUCGUCAUUUGAUGAUAAUAUCAUGGACAAAACAUCACAUCACGCUACUUCAUUGCCGAUGUCGAAAUCAUUUGUUUCACCAUUAUUUUUAAACAAAAUUAAAAAUGAGCCAAUCAUAAGUGAAAAUAAUCAACGUUCGUCAUCUUCUAUACCAUCACUCCUAUCACAACAGCAACAAAAGUUAACAGUGUGUAAUGAUAAUUAUCGAAAUUGGCUGAUGUUAAACGAAAUUGUACGUAAUACCGAUUUAUUGAAUCAAUUAAAUAGCAUGAAACAUGCUGAAAAAAUGAAUGAUGAAACGAAUAACGAAAAUGAAGUAGAGGAUGAUAUUGAAAAUGAGGACGAAGAGGCAUCAAUGGACACAAAUGGGAUCGAGCAACCAUUAGAUUUAAGUAUGAAAUUUGGUUUGAUGGAUGAUAAACUUGAUGCACUUUCUUCAACAUCUUCAAUAAAUGACAUGAAUUCAGAUGAUUUAUCUAACACCCAAUCACUCCUUACAUCGAAAUUGUCAUCAAAUUCGACCAAACCCAUUAAAUCCAUUUUACCUCCUAUACGUGAAUAUGACACAGUGAAAUAUCGUUAUAUAAAUACCAAUGAAUUGGUGCAAACAAUUAAAGAUAUAUUAAGUCGAUAUAGCAUAUCUCAAAGACAUUUUGGAGAAAGAAUACUUGGUCUAUCACAAGGCAGUGUUAGUGAUAUAUUGGCUAGACCAAAACAAUGGGAAUUGUUAACACAAAAAGGACGUGAACCAUUUAUACGAAUGAAAUUAUUCUUAGACGAUAAACUAGCUGUUGAACAGUUGAUACAAAAUAUUCCAACAACAUUGUCAACUACUAAUCUCACCACUACAGUUACAAAUACAAAUAUUACAAAAGCAAUUGUUAAUUCAUCAUUAUUGCAUUCAACGAUUAACGUCACCAAUGGACAUUAUCCGUUGACAAUGCGAACAACUUCAACAGAUUCUCAACCUUGUUCGAUUAAAAGUGAAACAGUGACAACAAUAGAUACCAAAAAAGGUGGUGAUAAUAAUAAUAUUCCUCUAAUGAAACAAAAACGUCAUCAAGGUGGCAAGCAUCAUUCUUCGCGAACAAAGUUCUCGCGUACUACGAAUAAUGCACACGAUAAUUUACCUGUACCCAUAUUAGCACCCUACGAGCUACCAAAAGUACCUAUACCAGGUGAGUGCUUUGCACCUGCUAUUGAUACUGAACAACUAAGUUCACAAGUACGUGAAUUAUUAUUUGCCUAUAGUAUUGGACAACGAGUAUUUGGGGAAGCUGUUUUAAAUCUAUCGCAAGGAACAGUUAGUGAAAUAUUAUCAAAACCACGUCCAUGGCAUUCAUUAAGUGUGAAAGGACGUGAACCCUAUAUGAGAAUGUACACAUGGUAUAACGAUAUUGGAAACUUUCUAAUUUAUGCUCUGAUUUUAGCAUUACGACGAAAUUAUCCUGAAGGUAAUUAUGAAGGCAGUCGUCCAAAACGCCGUUGUUUAUUUACAGAAGAACAACGUCGAAUAUUAAAACAAAUAUUUGAAAAAGAACCUUAUCCUAGUCAACAAACAUUAGAACAACUUGUUAAUGAAUUAAAUUUACCAAUGAAUAAAAUAGCUAAUUGGUUUCAUAAUUCAAGAAUGCGUGCUAAAACAUCAAGACGAUCAUCUACAACAGCGACCGAUGCUAUCAGUGUUUCUGGUAAUGGUGAUAAUAUAGAUGGUUUAACAGUAAAUCAAAUCGAUGAUACAUCUCGAUCAUCAUCGAAAGAAGAUAAUAGUCGUCAUCACGACGAAGAACCUAAUGAACCACUACAUCAAGACAAUUCAGACGAAAGUGAAGAUAACAGUGAUAUAGAAAACGAUGUGGAUGAAUAUCCAAUACCAACGUUUGUACCUGUAACAAGUACAUGGUUAAAUGGCAAUAAUGAUGCCGAUAGUUCAUGUCCAACUCCUAAAAUAGAUCAUAUCAAAUUUAAUCCUCGUCGUCAUGAAUACUCAACUUUAAAUUAUAACAAUCCAACAAUAACAACCACGAAUAUUGUUUCAUUAAUUAAUGAUAUAAAACCAUCAUCAUCAUCGUCAACAAUCACAAGUAGUAGUAAAAAACGUAAAUCUGUACCACAAAAGAUUAUUGUUAAACAAUUUAACAAUACGUCAAUUACAAAUGAGAAUGAAGAAGACAUCAACAACAGUCGAACGUUAAAUGAUAAUGAAAGUUUUAUUAGUGAUAAUACAGAAAAUUAUAUGAAAAAAACUCGUACUGAUAUGAUUAUACACGAACAACAACCGUCCAUUUAUCAAACGUCAAUGAAUGACUCGUCAGAAGAACAACAUGAAAAUGAAAAUAGCAGUAAUCAUGAUGAAUCAUCAAUUGUAGAUGUUGUAUCAUAG